UUUCAGGCCAUAGAAUGGGCCAACAUGGGGCAAUUAGGCUGCAGAAUGAAGUUCAGGAAGGAAUGCCCCCUCCACACGAGCUAACAGAAGAAGAACAAUGGGCAGAGGAGCACCGAAAAAUGCACGAAAAGCAUAAAGGACACGAAGCGAUGCACAUGGAAAUGAUGGUUAUUUUCAUGAUUUCUGUCAUCGUUGGACAGAUUUUUCUGGUCACCUGGAAGAGGAAGCAUUUUAAAUCUUAUCAGAUGUGUACAUUAAUAGGAAUGCUCACAAUUCCAGUUUAUGUUUGUUUCAACCGAUCCUGGUAUCGAUUCCUGGCCACGUGGCUUGUUUUCUGCAUUUUUUCAGCUUUUAUUUGGUUGAAAGCCUCGGCUCAACAUAUCAGUGGAGGAACACCAAGAUUCGUCUACAAAUGGUUUCUAUUUUUGCAUAAACUGAGUUAUGUACUCGGAGUUGUUGGAUAUUUGAUCAUGAUGGGAGCUUUAUUAGGAUUUCAUGUUUUAUUCGGAGUUUCACAGCCAACACUAAUGGAUGCCGGCAUCCUUUUCAUGUUCUAUGGUGUGUAUUACGGAGUGCUCGGCCGGGAUUUUGCUCACAUUUGCACGGCGAGAAUGGCGUCGAGAAUCGGGUAUUACACUCCUGAAGGACUUCCUAAAAAGCAUCUAGAAGACGGUGUCUGUGCUGUUUGUGGAGGACGUCUUGAUGAUUCGGAACAUGUUCAUGAUGCAGAUGCUGUGGUUACAACGAAAAUGGUUGAAGAUGAAGAUGAAAAAUUGUAUAAACUCUCAUGUGGCCACGUUUUUCACGAAUUCUGUAUCAGAGGAUGGGUAGUUGUUGGAAAACUUCAAACAUGCCCGUAUUGCAAAGAACGUGUCGAUUUACAGAGAAUGUUUAAAAAUCCAUGGGAGAAACCUCAUUUAUUCUAUGGAAAAUUGCUUGACUGGAUCCGUUAUCUCGUCUGCUGGCAGCCAUUGAUUGUAACAGCUGUUCAAGGACUCACCACAUGGAUGGGAUUGGAAUAGGAAUCUUUUUAUUUUAAUUUUUACUUAUUUAUUUUUAUUUAAUAAUUUCUAACUGCAUCCCAAAGUUAUCAAAUAGUCACAAAUACACACAAAAAUUGUCAUUCCAAUUGCAUUUUUAUUCUCGUUUUUUCAUUUUUUCUCGUUACUUCUUUUUUGCCGGGCACCGGGUGAUUUUUCUGAUUUCUUUGAAAAAAAAAUUACGACUUUAUUUAUUCUUCCUGUUUAAUUUUUAUUUCCAAUUCCCGUUCACAGCGGUGUUUUAUAUCUGAAACUGUAUCCUUUGGAUUCUUUUAAUUGGAAAAAUAAAAUAAA